AUGGAUAAGCACAAUUUAUAAGAGAAUGUAGAGUAUGAAACUUCAGAAUAAAUAACUAUUUAUCCUACUUUUGAAUCUAUGUCAUUGAGGGAAGAACUUUUAAGAGGCAUCUAUGCUUUUGGUUUUAAUAAACCUUCAGCAGUGUAACAAAGAGCAAUUGUUCCUGUAAUAUAAGGAAGAGACGUUAUAGUAUAGAGUCAGAGUGGUACUGGUAAGACUGCAGUAUUUAGUUUGUCAGCUUUGUCGAUGAUAGAUUUAUCUAUUAGGGAACCUUAAGUAUUGAUUUUAUCGAAUACAAGAGAGCUGGCAGAACAAAGUGCAAAAGUGGCUAUGGCUUUAGGAGAUUUUCUUAAUGUUUCAAUUCAUGCUUGUAUUGGUGGACAUUCUAUUUAAGAUGAUAUCAGCAAACUGUAGCAUGGAGUAUAGAUAGUAUCCGGUACUCCAGGCAGAGUAUUUGAUAUGAUAUAGAGGAAAGAAUUAAGAGUUCGCCAUUUAAAAAUGUUGAUUCUUGAUGAAGCUGACGAAAUGUUAACUAAAGGAUUCAAAUAAUAAGUUUAUGAUAUCUAUAGAUAUUUACCACCAACAACUUAGAAUGUGGUAGUAUCAGCAACCUUGCCUCAAGAAAUACUUGAUAUGACAGACAAAUUCAUGAACAAUCCCCUUAAGAUAUUAGUGAAAAGAGAUGAAUUGACAUUAGAAGGAAUUAAACAAUUCUUUAUUUAAGUGGAUAAAGAAGAAUGGAAGUUCGAUACUUUAUGUGAUUUAUAUGAUACCCUAACUAUCACUUAAGCAGUUAUCUUUUGUUCUACCAUUAAUAAGUGCGAAUGGUUAGCAAAUAAGAUGAGAGAACAUGAAUUUACUGUGGUCUAGAUGAACGGAAAAAUGUCUUAAAAGGAAAGAGAUAAAAUUAUGGCCGAAUUUAGAUAAGGAAAUAAGAGAGUUUUGAUUGCUACUGAUGUUUGGGGAAGAGGUCUUGACGUUCAAUAAGUAUCCUUAGUAAUCAAUUAUGAUUUACCAAACUCUAGAGAAUUGUACAUCCACAGAAUUGGUAGGUCUGGCAGAUUUGGAAGAAAGGGUGUUGCCAUCAAUUUUGUUAAAUAAGAAGACGUCAGACUUCUGAGAGAUAUUGAAUAAUAUUAUUCAACACAAAUUGAUGAAAUGCCUAUGAAUGUGACAGAUUUAUUAUGAAAUUAAUUAUUAAUUCAAUAUAGCAAUUUAU